UUCAGAUAUGACAAUGGCUGUGUCAGUGCUAGCGUACAUCCUUCCCUUCUUUUGCUCGUUUACUUUGCUUUCAUCAACUGAUCCCGAGGAUUAUUUGAAGAAGUACGGAUACUUAGAGAUAGACCCAGCGGCAGCUACAAACGGAGAAGAACAUCUUAGCAGUUCUAUCUUAAAGUUUCAGGAUUACCAUAGUCUAAAUCUAACUGGUGUAUUGGACGAUGAAACACUUCAAAAAAUGGCCACUCCACGAUGUGGGAUGCCAGAUUUUGAGCCUGAACAAUCCACCUCAGGGCGCCUGAAAAGAUACGCAAUUGCUUCCAAAUGGAGAAGAAAGGAUCUCAAAUACCUUAUAUCAAAGUACUCCGAGCAAAAAAGCCUAGCUAAAUCUUCGAUUGACGACAUAUUUUCCUCUGCCCUAGAUCUGUGGCAGGAUUCUGCCGACUUGACGUUUACAAAGACCCACAAAGAAAAGCAUGCCGACUUAAUAGUGUCGUUUGUUAAAGGGUCUCACGAGACCAACAGAACCUCUCACAUGGAUAAAAAAUUAUCAUUUGAUGGACCGGGUGGAGUAUUAGCUCACGCUUCCUUCCCGACUGUUGGGGAAAUACAUUUUGAUGACGACGAAAACUGGCUGUUAAAUGGAGCCCAAAAAGAUGGCUAUGAUCUCAUGUGGGGAGCAGUGCACGAGAUUGGACAUGCUCUAGGAUUAAAACAUACUAAAGUAAAAGACAGUGUGAUGAAUCCUGUCUACAAGAGAGGAGUGUUUGAUAAACUCGGAGAUGAUGAUAUUGAGGGAAUUAUUAAGCUGUACGGCACUGCAACUAAAAAAGUCACAGAAGCAGUAACGACAAUGGCCCCUUGGGACGCUUCAGCCAGCACCGAUUUCGCUAUGAUGAGUUCAACUAAAGAAACUUGCAUAGUUGCCGAUAAAAUUGAUGCUGUUUUAACCAUAGGUAAAGCGUUCUUCAUGUUCCGAGGAGACCAAGUGUGGAUGUAUAACCAGCAGGACUCCAUGCCCCACUAUCCCGUUAAAAUAUCCUCCGUCUUUCCCGGGAUAUCCGGUCCUAUCACCGCUGCCAUGGCUGGUAUCAACAACAAAAUUUACUUCUUCAGGAACAAAAUGCUAUGGAGGUGGGACUGGGUCAGGAAGUCUGUGGAUCGUGGCUUUCCUAAACAUGUCAAAGAUUUUGGAGGAAUUCACGACAAUAUCGUAGCCGCUUUCAAGUGGUCCCACAACAGUAAGGGUUACUUGUUCGGUAGCAACGGGAAGUACUGGAGAUACGACUUCUGGAGCAAUAGAAUAGAUCCUGGGUAUCCCCGAACUAUUAGAACCUGGAGAGGAAUUCCUAACUCCCUGGACGCCAUCACCUCGGCUCCUGACGGCAAAACUUACGUUUUUAAAGAUAAAAGUUACUGGUUGUACAGCAACAGACUCUACAGACUUCAAGGUCAGAGAUACGACACUGAAAACAAGUGGCUCUCCUGUGAAGAUCAUAACGCUAACUUCGUGUCAAUGGAGGAUGGUAGCGAGGAAGUGGCAGCCCUUGUUGACUCCUCAUCUUCCUCUGGGCACAUUGCCAGCACAAUGCUUGUGUCCGUCCUUGCACUUCGUAUAGUCUGAGGAAACCAGCCCUGUAGAUUAAAACUCGGUCCUUCCUAGUGAGGACUUGAGGUCUGAAACUACUAAAGAAAAGAAUGUGAAAAUGGCGAAGAAACUGCAGGCCGGAACAUUAGGAAUUGAACUUUGGUGGUUGGUUUUUGUAUUUGGCGAGGGAUCAAACGGACAAUUUAGUAUCAGAUUAUUUAUUUGAUAUUAAUAAAACAAACGUUUUAAUCAGUUUGAUAUGUAUGCACCAAUUUCCACUUCCAGUUCUACAGUUCUAUUUACUUAUUUAAUGAAUUUAUAGCAAUAUUGCAUGAGAGACCUGGUCUUCAUCAAUAUUUCGUUUCUUUGAUUUUUACAGAAUUUUACUUUUAUAACUUCAUGCCUUUGCUAAAUCCUUUGCGUACUCUUGCAAAUGUUUCUUUAUUUCCACAAAACAUCAUCAUAUACGUUAUUAAAUUUAGCGUAGAUAUUUGAGAUAAUUUCGUUUUGUGAUAAGUAAUUAGAUAAAUCUUGUUAUGAUUUAUGUGAUUUCUAUUAUGGGAUUGAAUAACACUAUAUCUCUAAACUUUUGUCAACCUUUUGUUAAUGCUAGAUAAGCCUGGGCUGAGCAUGCAUAGGUUACCGAUAGUUCGAUUACUGAUACUCGACGGUGAGAAAAUUCUUGGGAAUUUUCAUUUACUUUAUAUUUUGACUAUUUAUACAUGGUUUUUGUAAUACUAACAUAAAAUUGAGUUGUAUUAUAUCUGUACAGUACAGUAUAUAAUGAUAUUAGUAUUAGUAUAACAACUCUUGUGAAGUGAUAUUUAAUUUAUUUUAUUUCAUUUUUAA